AUAAAGAUGUUUAAUUCAUUUACUUAUCUAUAACUGAUAAGAAUUACCACAACAUCAUUGAUAAAAGGCAAUUGUGGCCUAGGCAGUUGUAGGCUGUCAGUGUCGCAGCGGGCCACAACAAUUACUGGCAGAUGUGUUGACUUGCGACUGCUGAAGUGGCACGUCGGUUUGAGAAUUUGAGAUACCAAGUUAAACGUUUUUUAAACGUAUUUCGGCGGAAGGUACACUUAUUUGUACGUUUUGUUGUUUUAUGGUUCCAUAAUGAGCAAUGACACGGAUUAUAUAAAACUAUUAUAUCAUUUUAUAUAAUCUGUGAUAAUGUCAACAGUCAAAUGACGGUUCAUAAUUGAUCAUAUACCUACUAUUAAUCUGUCAAUGAUUGUUCGCAAAUCGCAAUUCUGUCUUGAUUUUUAUUUUUAUCAUAACAAUAACACCGAAGAAGAACAAAAGGCGCUGUAAGUCGUUACGUAGGUGGUGCUCCAUAUCGUCUCGUCUUUGCCAAUCCUGUCAACGUGGCUCGUAAUAUUGUGACCAACGAUCAGUUUCGAGAAAAUUCUAGAAAAGUAAAUCGUUUCACAUUUUUGCCCGAUAAUACGUCCUAAUUGUUUGCCGAAUUCGCAAUGGACGACGGCGGACACCAAAGAUCCAAACAGUAUCUGACCACAAUGUUGGACCACGCCGAAAUGCUCAUUGAAAACAUACGAAAAGAGGCUUUGAAGAUGGCCGAGGAUCUUGAAAAUGUUUACAGCAGCGUGGAAAAUGUGAGAAAUUCAAAACUUCUUGACCAGUUGAGCGACGUGGAUAGAGAAGACAUUAAUCAGUUUGCCAAUCGUAUCAUAGAUAGAUGUGAAACUGUUAAUAUCAAUGUGCUCACCACCAGAAGUGAGAGUCAGCAAAAUUGUUUGGAGGAAAUCAACAUGAUGAUCGACAGAAUAGUGAAUACAUUUAGAGAGGAUCCUGAUAAUGCUAAGGCUAUGUGUCAGUCAUACAUAGCUUCAUGUAGUCCAUUGGAAAAUGAACUUGGCUGCAAGGUGUUCGAGACGGCCGUUUUGGGGUGUACCCUCGACGAUCAGAAACGUAUUAUUAAAAGACUACAAGGGCUGUUGGAUUACAUUAUGGAAUCAAAAGACCAGUAGCUUGACAAGCUUGUCUGUCGUCUACAAUAAUUCCAUUUGUUUAACUAUAAUUAAUUUUGCAUCACUAACGUAAUCUUAAUGUUAACUACUGAUUUUCCUGUCAAACAUAUAGUGAUAUUAAUUGUUUUUCAAUAUUGUUAUUUUGUUUUAUAUUUUAUUUAUUACACAUCAAACAUAAUAUAUUGGAAAUGUUAUUGUUAAAACUA